AUGAAUGUUAUCGGUGAAGCUAUUGAUGAGCGUGGGCCAAUCAACGCAAAAAUGACUUUACCGAUUCAUCAGGAAGCCCCGGCAUUUGUCGACAUGAGUACUGAUCAAGAAAUUCUCGAGACUGGCAUUAAGGUUGUGGACUUACUCGCUCCUUAUGCUAGAGGUGGGAAGAUUGGGCUUUUCGGUGGCGCGGGUGUUGGCAAAACUGUGAUCAUCAUGGAGCUUAUUAAUAACAUUGCUCGUGCUCACGGUGGGUAUUCCGUUUUUGCGGGCGUGGGUGAACGAACUCGUGAGGGAAACGAUCUGUACAAUGAAAUGAUUACUACUGGUGUCAUUGAUCUCAAGGGCAAAAACUCUAAGGUUUCCCUCGUUUAUGGUCAAAUGAAUGAGCCCCCGGGUGCCCGAGCUCGUGUUGCUCUUUCUGGACUUACAGUGGCAGAAUAUUUCCGUGAUCAUGAAGGACAAGACGUGCUGCUUUUCAUUGACAACAUCUUCCGCUUCACACAAGCUGGAUCUGAAGUCUCUGCUUUGCUCGGCCGAAUUCCUAGUGCCGUUGGUUAUCAGCCAACACUGGCAACUGACAUGGGUACUAUGCAGGAACGAAUCACGACUACCAAGAAGGGUUCAAUUACUUCCGUCCAGGCCAUCUAUGUGCCUGCUGAUGAUCUGACUGAUCCUGCUCCGGCCACCACGUUCGCUCAUUUGGACGCAACCACCGUCUUGAGUCGAGGCAUUGCCGGCCUGGGAAUAUAUCCAGCCGUCGAUCCCCUCGAUUCGACUAGCCGCAUUUUAGACGCUAACAUUGUCGGCCAAGAACACUAUAGCGUUGCACGUGGCGUGCAAAAGAUACUUCAAGACCAACGUUCACUUCAAGACAUCAUUGCCAUUCUUGGUAUGGAUGAGUUGUCCGAAGAAGACAAGCUGACCGUCGCUCGUGCUCGAAAGAUUCAGCGAUUCCUUAGUCAACCUUUCCAGGUUGCCGAGGUUUUCACUGGCUUGGAGGGCAAGUUGGUACCUCUCCAGGAGACUAUUAAGGGCUUCAAGAUGAUUUUGAGCGGUGAAAUGGACCAGUACCCUGAGGCCGCCUUCUACAUGGUCGGUGGAAUUGAAGACGUCAUUGCAAAGGCAGAAAAGUUGGCCGCCGAAAACUAG